GUAUUGCAUAAAGUAUAUGAAAAGAGUAUUGAAUUGAUAUUAAUAUUGAUUAGUGUUUUGGAUAUCAAAUGAUUGUCUAAUUGUUUACUAAUUGAUUGAAUGACUGGUAAGUGAAGUGAUGUCCAGACAGACACCGAAAGCAUCGGAGCCCAAGAAAGUGAGCUGUGAUUUAUUUACACUGACUUAUGGAUCACUUGUGGCACAACUUAUCAAAGAUUAUGAUAAUGCAGAAGAAGUUAAUAAACAAUUGGACCGAAUGGGUUAUAAUAUUGGUUUGAGAUUAGUUGAAGAUUUCUUAGCGAAAACCAAUUCGGGUCGUUGUCAUGACAUGAAAGAGACGGCCGAUAAGAUUCAGUCGGCUUUCAAAAUGUAUUUAGGAAUCAGUCCAUCGGUGGCCAACUGGUCGGCAGCUAAUGACGAGUUCUCAUUGCUUAUAGACAACAAUCCUCUCACUGAAUACGUUGAACUGCCCGACCAUUUGGCUCAACUCAAGUACUCUAAUCUAUUGAUGGGUGUUAUUAGAGGUGCACUAGAAAUGGUGCAAAUUGAAGUGCAGGUGUGGUUCGUUCAGGACUCUCUCAAAGGUGACUCCACUACUGAAUUAAGAAUCAAAUUUAUUCGUAAAUUAGAGGACGCCUUACCCGCCGGUGAAGACUAACUGUCCACUAAUUCAAGUUUUUAUUUUGUACUAAAAUUUAUUUUAAAAUAUAUUAAAUUCGUUAAAUUGGUUCGGUUUAUAAUAU